AUGGCUUCAAAUUAUUGUUCCGCACUCUUCUUCUUUUUCUUUUUCACCUCUUCUACCAUAGCAGUUUUGGUACAGCAACAGCCCCUUUUAUUGAAAUACCACAACGGGGACUUACUAAAAGGGCCCAUUACCGUUAAUCUCAUCUGGUACGGAAAGUUCACUCCAGUCCAGCGAUCCGUAAUCGUUGAUUUUCUGCAGUCUCUCAACUCUCCAAAAGCCCCCGUGCCCUCUGUUUCUUCCUGGUGGAAGACAACUGAGAAGUACAAGGGAGGUGGUUCAUCUACGCUCGUUGUAGGGAAGCAAAUCCUCGACCAAAAUUACUCUCUUGGAAAAUCCCUCAAGAAUACCCAAAUUAUUUACUUGGCCUCCAAGGGUGGGCAUAUGAGGGGGUCGAUUAACGUUGUAUUGACGGCAAAAGAUGUCGCCGUCAAUGGGUUUUGCAUGAAUAGAUGUGGUAGCCACGGGUCUACCCGGGGCCGGACUCGGUUUGCUUAUGCGUGGGUGGGGAACGCGGAGACUCAGUGCCCUGGUUACUGCGCGUGGCCUUUCCAUCAGCCCAUUUACGGCCCACAGACCCCACCUUUAGUGGCGCCGAAUGGAGAUGUGGGAGUUGACGGGAUGGUCAUAAACCUGGCGACGGUUUUGGCGGGAGCAGUGACGAACCCGUUUAACAACGGGUAUUUCCAGGGCCCGGCGACGGCACCAUUGGAGGCUGUCACUGCUUGCACGGGCGUUUUCGGGUCGGGUGCAUACCCGGGUUACGCCGGUAAUGUGUUGACUGAUAAAACUACUGGAGCCAGCUACAAUUCGCACGGGGUAAACGGCCGGAAGUUCAUGGUUCCGGCGAUGUGGGACCCGCAAACAUCUCAAUGUUUGCCGAUCGUCUGA